AUGGCCACCGGAAGUCUUUCACCAUACUUCAAACCUCGGCUAGGCCCAGCGCCCCAAGGCCGACCCAUCCAAAGACCACCCCUGCUAAUGCAGCGCCCUCAGAGCUCGGGAAUUGACACGGCAGGGUUCUCAUUUGCCAAACCUCCUACCAAUCAGAGGGGCUCUUCUUUGCGACCUCCUCCCAAGCAAGGUCUGAUCAAUCUCAAUUCACCUUGGGCUGCAGCCACAGUCGAAGACCAAAAUAUAGACGACGGACAGGAGGCGCAGUUUUCUGUAGCGAAAAAGCUUCCUGCGAGGCCAAAUGUCGAGCAUCAGCCCAAAGGUCUUUCACACUCUGGUGAAGACAGUUCACCACAUGCGGCGCAGGAUGAUCCCCUAUGGACCCCGGGUCCGAAUCACGACAAGUCGUUGAAGGUAAUUGCUGAAGCUGCCGCCUUCAAGAAGAAUCAGUCAUCGAAGCCAGCAACUGGAUCCAAAGCAAGAACUGACACCGUUUUACCCACGGGCCCCGGCACUGAUAUAGAUACUGAGGCCAACACAUCUCGAGCAAGCUCAAUUCGACCCACUCAUGAUCGACAUGGAGGAACCACUUCAGGGAGUCCAAUUUUCAUUGCCUCCCAAUCACUGAUCCGCCCCAGCAAUGACUAUCGAGUGUCUAAGCGAUGUCGACAAUCCCAGAAGAUUGACCAAUCUGCUCGAAAGCAUUCGUUUCCUGGAAAGCCAGACUUCAAGCCGCCGUCCGAAGAAAAACUUUUCGAACUACUCAUCAGGAGAAUCAGGCAGCGUGAAGAGCAAGAAGCUGCAACCGUCGAGCUUCAGUGUCAACUGGAAGAACAGAACCUUCAGUUGAAAGAUGAGAAUCAAAACUUGAAGCAGCAACUGGAAGCAGAUCACGAGAAGCUACGGAAAUCUGUUGUAGAGUUAAAAGAAUGUCGGACCCAGAUGGACCACUGGAAAGAAAAGCUUCGCAAAUUCAAGAAAGUGGUCAACGAACUGGGCAAAGAGUACGACAUUCUCCGGGACGAUUUGAACAAAUUCAAAGUCGCAGCUGAGUCGCUUGAGAAAGAAAAGUCCAGCCUUCUGCAGUCAAUUGAUGGCAUUCGGGUUCAAAUGGCGCGCGCAGAAGGUAUUAUCGAUGAGCAGAAAGUUCAACUGUCAGAAGUUGAGUCUCGUGCUGCUGUUCUUCGACGAAGCCUGGAAGCUGCAAGGGAAGUUAGGGACCUGGGCAAAUCGGAGUUGAUCAACGAAAAGAAACGAUCUGCAGUCCUGGAAUCCUAUAUCCAGAACUGUGCUCGAAAUCAGACCCGGCAGUUACUUCUGAUUAGAGAAGACCAGCGCAAGUUGGUUGAGAGCUUCGACUCGGGCAUCCAGUCUCUUUCCGAGGAAACAGGUAGUUCUAAGGAAGCACUUCUAUCGGAAGUCAGAACAUGUGCCGAUCAACUUUGCACGUCAGUUGAGAUCUUGAGCGACAAAUGUACCGCUGAGAGGAUGGAGGUCCAAGAUUUCACAGAUACCGUUCAUGACGCAGUUUCUCGCUUAGACACCAUGUCAACUCAAUUUACCUGCAGUAUCGAGGCGGGCACCAUAUACAACGCAAACGUGUCUGGAAAGGUCCAAGAGAGCCUGCAAUUAAUUGAAAGACAUCUUGGAGCCGAAUCAACGCUACUUCAACAGCUUGGUAAUUGCGAGAGCUCUUAUGAAAGUCUGAAGAGAAUACUUGCGGCCAUGGAGCCUACGCUAAGCACUCUCGAUAUUUCUGUCCAGUCUUUAACGACUACUGAAAGCAGUUUACUCCGGAGGCUCAGCGAGCUUUGCGAGAAGCUAGCCGAGGCGCAGAUUCAACCAUCUAACCCGGCUUUGGAAUUGGAGUUGUCGAACAAGUACGCCGAGAAUACCCAGCUUCAGCUUCAACUUCAAGAGAUUUCACUCAAGUCCGAAAAUCUCCGCCAGCGACUCGAUGAACGCGAAGCACAAACACUUGCAGUACAACGGUCGUUAACAGAAGUGACUGCAGAAUGCCAGAAAGCCGAGAUCCUCAACCAGAGAAUCGUAACCGAAAAGCUGGCUAUGCAAGGCGAAGCCGCGUUGGCCGAACAGAAGAUUCGACAUGAGCUCAUCACGGAAAACACCACAAUAACUGAUCGCAUUAGAAUCGAAUACGAGCAAAAGCUGCAGACACUUCAAAGGGAGAAGGACGAUCUUGAGGAUAGAUCAGAAGAAGUCCUUGUUCAGCUUGGGGGUGUUCGUGAUUCCUUAGUGGAAGCUAAAAGUAUUGUUGAUGCGCAGCGCAAAGAUCGUGAGGCUUUGGCUGAGGAGACUGGGCAGCAUAUUCAAGAGCUCACCGCAUGCUACUCCGAGGCUAUGGCUAAACUGGAUUCUCAGGCAAUGCUCAUCGAGCAGUAUCAGGAAGUGGAAACGGUAUCGAUCAUCGAGAAAAGCGAUAUUCGGGAACAACUCAAACAGGCCCAAGAAAAGAUUCAAGAAUUUGAGCGCGCAUUGGUAUUAAAGGACGGGACAACAAACCAACCGGAACGUCCUACCAAUAUUGUACCUUUUGCGGCCUUUGAGAACAGGAUGUCUCCAGAUGUAGACCUGUCGCCGUAUGAUGACCCGGCUGACUUUGCAAUGCUCUUCAUCACAGACGAGUCAGCCCCGCCGUCGCCUGCUGCGAAACCCAUCAAGCCGCUCCCAGUCAACAUUGAAAGUGCCCCAGCAACAAAUGAUUUGCCACGGUCAGUGAAAGACGACAAGCGCGUCUUCAACAUUCUAGAAAAUUCAGACCAAACUCAAGUCCACAGGAAGCGAAAGGCCAUCAAUUUCGACGCAGUGCCCUCUGUAAAGGACUCUAAAGCGGCUAUAAGGACAAAUUCUGGCUCAAUGCAGGCCCAAGAAGGCCUCGAAGAUCACCAUAAUAAAUCAGCAAAGCACGUUCACAAGUUCACAUACAGUCGUGUUCACACAACAUCUACCAAGAUUCAACAGGAGCAAUCCACUGGUCCCGCGCGGCCUUCCGUCACCGAGCGACCGACUAGCCCAAAGGGCCUUGUUUCUGCAAGCAGUGGAAAUCAUCUCGCUGACAAGCCAAACACCCGCAGCCGUGGCAGACGCCGUUCACGAGGUGAACGCUAUGAUGCUCGAUUCAGCCAAGAGGGCUGA